UUAAAAUGAAGACUAUAGUAGGAUCUCCUUUAGUUUUAGUCCUUUUUAGUUUGUGUUCUUCUCGCAGAAAUACUACAAUGGAGGAUAAAGCUGGACCUUCUUCUUCCUCUUCCAAUGCCGAAAAGAAGCGAAAACGAGUCACAGACUCCGAUUCCGACUCGCAACUCAACGACGAUGACGAAGAAUUUCUCUCUCUUGAGAAGAGUCUUACGUUUAGCGAUACUUAAGUUGCUCUUCGGAUGAUGCGGGCUCAAUUCCCCAAGCUUGAGAAGGUAACUGUCAAACCCUUCAUCUUACGUUCGCAACUGUAUAGUAGCGUGAAAGAUAGAACUCAGGUUGAUCAUGAAUUGGAGUUGUUGAAGAGGGAUAAAGUUCUGCGUGUUUUUAAACUAAAUACAGGGCAGGAUGAUCAUGCAGUAAUGUUUUUUGAAGACUACAUACAGCAGAUAGAUAAUAUUUCAAAGAAGAUAGGAACUAAGAAGGAAAGUGACUUUUCUGUGUUCAGUUGGUUUAAGUCUCAUGUUAUCACAUCCAAGUUAGAGCCAAGCAUUUCACAUCAAGAGCUUUGCUCCCUGUUAUCAGCAGGAGGAAAAAUGAAGGACGAAUAUGUAUCUCUCUUGGUUAAUGCAGGCAUUAUUACUCGACAACUUAUUGAUCCAAACGUGUACUGGUUUGCUAUACCAAAUAUUGGCUCGAUUCUAAAGGGGAUCUCUCAGGGCAGAAAGGAAUUUCUGUCAUUCUUGAAUCACAGGAAAUACAAGGAAAUGAUGCUGGCAUUACUUGAGAAAAGGCGCCUUCGGUUUUCUCCACUUGAUAUGAGAUUUCAUCUUCGCGAUUUAAUUGGCUCAGGUCACCUGCAGACAUGUCAGACUCCAACUGGCGUAGUAGUUCGAGUUUUGAAGGAUUAGAUUUCAGGCAAAGUACAUUUUUACAUUUUCCCUAUCAGAACACUGGAUCCGGUGGGCCAGAAUGUUAAGCUGUUAUAAUGAUGGCAAAGGCGAGUUUUAAGGCAAUCCAUUGAUAUAAUGAUGAAUCACAAAAUGUUGCUGUGUAUUUCGCUUGGACUUCUCAAAUAUGUUGGCUGGUUGAACAAUUUUGGGACAGGUGGGCUCGUUUUGCUGAGGGAUGCCUCAAUUCCGACAACAGAGCUUCCGUUUGGAAUCAGAGUUCAGGGUUUAGGCAUGUAUGUUUGUUCAUAACAUACUGGAACACUAUUUAUUAAUAGAGGGACCAAUCUAUCUCCUGUCUAAAGUUAUCCAAGACACUUUUUUUUUUUCAUCUCAUGAACAUCUGGUCAAGUACUUGGGAAGCCUCUUUUGCUACCUCUUAGGAGAUUGUCAUGUAGAUGAUAGCUUUGGCGGGGAGUGCUAUUUAGCAAUUAGCAUGCCGUGUAAAGCUCUGUUUUUCUAUCUUGUCUGUAAUCUUUGGGUAGAUUUUUUCUCGUUUGUUUUUCACGGAGGUGUGUCAUUUCAGACUUGUUUGUCAACUGUCAUAUAACAAUUUUGUACAGAAUUAGCCUGUAAUAGAUAGAUUAGGAUGUGCUUAAUUCCUGAUUAAACAUAAAUGACAGCCACAGAAGUGUCAGGGCCUCUUGGGGUCUGUCAGACACAAUCAUAAUUUUGGAUUCUUGCUUUCUA